CUUCCUUUCUCUCCCCUCAGCCUACGGUAGUCAAGUCAGCCGAGGCGGUCGCCGGAGGCAACGACCGCGAUGGCGCCGUCCCUCGUAGUCUUGUCCACCGCCGUAUCCUACAUCCUACUAGCCGCAGCCAUCUCCAUAUCAUCUUCUCCGCCGGUGCCGGAGGACGGCAUCCGGGUCAUCUCCGCCGAGAAAAGGAUCGACCUAACCAGCCCCGUCGUCAAAGUUUUCCUCACACUUAAGGUCGAGAAUGAUGCCACUGCCCCUGAAGCAUCUCAAGUUCUCCUCGCAUUCACACCCACAGAGGUUGAACAUCUCGCAAUUGUCAAGGCGACCAGAGCAGAGGGAAAGCGCAAGAAGAAGAUAUAUGUGCCCCUCUCCAUCAAAGCCUCUGAUAUCGCUGCCCUUCCAAAUGGCGCUCGCCUGUACUCUGUUUUGCUGAGCAGUCCACUAAAACCUUCUGAGGUGACGACACUGGAAGUAUUUUAUGCGCUGACACACUCUUUAGAGCCCUUCCCAGCAGAGAUCACCCAGUCAGAUCCCCAGCUGGUUUACUACCGUGACAGUGCUGUGCUUCUAUCUCCGUAUCAUGUUAUGGAACAGGCUACCUACAUUAAAAUGCCGAGUAAUAGUGUGGAGUCCUUCACGAGGGUGGAUCCCACCAGUCGGGCUGGUAAUGAAGUGAAAUACGGCACAUACAGCAACCAGAUUCCAAACUCCUACUUGCCCAUACUUGUGCAUUAUGAGAAUAAUCAUCCAUUUGCUGUUGUUGAGGAACUUGUGCGCAACGUGGAAAUUUCUCAUUGGGGGAGUGUCCAAAUCACUGAGCAGUAUAAGCUGAAACAUGGUGGUGCUCGGCACAAAGGAGUCUUUUCAAGGCUUGAGUAUCAAUCUAGGCCUUCUAUAAGUGGAGUGUCAUCAUUUAAGAAUCUUCUUGUAAGGUUGCCUCCUCGAGUUCAUUCAGUAUAUUAUCGCGACGAGAUCGGCAACAUCUCUUCAUCCCAUUUGCGUAGUGAUUCACACAAGUCAGAACUUGAAAUUGAGCCCAGAUAUCCAUUAUUUGGUGGUUGGCACUGCACAUUCACCAUUGGCUAUGGUUUGCCAUUGCAAGAUUUUCUCUUUGAAUCAGAUGAUGGUCGGCGCUACUUGAACCUUACUUUUGGGUGCCCUCUGUUGGAUACAGUGGUCAAUGAUCUUACUAUCAAAGUUGUGCUUCCUGAGGGAUCCAAAAAUCCACAAGCUCUAGUUCCUUUCCUGUUGGAACAGUAUUUUGAGACUAGUUAUUCAUACCUUGAUGUUGUUGGAAGGACGACAGUGGUACUAAAGAAGAAAAACGUAGUUGGAGAGCACAAUGUACCUUUCCAGGUGUAUUACGAAUUCAACCCGAUCUUCAUGCUCGCAGAACCAUUGAUGCUGAUAUCGGCAGUGUUCCUGUUCUUUGUAGCCUGCAUUGCUUAUCUUCACAUGGAUCUUUCCAUUGGGAAAUCAUAGGCCUCUUGACGAGCAGGUCAUCAAGAGAUAUUUAGAGGCGCUCACCACACUUGGCCUUCUAGUUAUCACUGUUGAAUCAAGGCUGUUUUGUACCGAGAUGUUGGUUGUACGGCUCCUGUGGGGUACAGAAGAUGGUCUUUUUGUAGAACAUAAAAUGGUUGUGGUAGGAAUGUGAUAGUGCGGAUGUGAUGGCAUUUCGUAAUUAUCCAUACUGAUUGAUCAGCUCAGUUAUACUAUUUAACGACUGGUUUGUUUCC